CCAAAGGGAACAUGCCUGUGUUUUGAUGGUUUUAACAUCCAAUGUUAAGUAGGUAGUAUUUGAAUUUGAAUAACUUCAGGUUAUGCAAGACAAAAAUUUUGCGCACUUAUAUUGUUGCAUGUAUAAAGCGUGACUUUCUUGUUACAAGUCAUCACGAGUAUGGAACAUGCUUAGUGUUGUGAGAUUUGUUGUCGCGGUAUGAUUCGUAUGAAUAAAAUACUACCAAAAUUGUUUGCAGGCAAUAUGGUCAAACAUGUUUUCUUAAUACAUCUCAUUUCACAUUUGGAGUUUGUCAUGAUUUGGUUGGUGACCAUGCUCAAACUAAAUGACUACUGGAUUGUAACUGGAUGCAGUGAAAAUUUACCAACAGAACUGAUUUACUAUUUAUACAUAGUAGACCAAAUGUACCAGAAAUCACUUAUUUGGAUUGGGCUAGGAUGCUCAGUCAUUAUAAAUUAUUCUGCCUUUAUUAAAAGAAUUUUUCCGGCAUGGAAUGUAGCCUUAGGUUCAUUGUGGAUUAUUUUGCUUCUUUUGGUCUCUCCUGUGUGGGAAAUAAGCAUAUCAUUGAUUCUUUGUGCUGUUGCAACUGUCCAGCUCAUUCUUGGACUUUCAGCGAAAAAAUCAAAACAAGCAUUUUACAAACCAAAAACUAAAAUACUUGAAACUUCAAUGUCAAACCCUUCUCGGUUAAGUGCUCCAAAUCCACCAUGUGAUCUGGAUUUGAGCAAGUUGGACAUAGGAUCAGCAAGAAAAAGGAACAAUUGUACUCCUCUUGCUUCUCCAGUGGUCCAAUCAUCAGGUUUUGCAAAGCCUAGGCCUCUUAUCUCACCGUCUAGACUAUCCUCAUCGAGUAUCAUAUCAUCUCCCGACACCAAUCUGACGAAAGCCUCUUGGGUUGCUGGCGGCUAUUGGCAAGGCGACAACUGGCCGUCCUCCACGUUUUCGUCACCAAAUCAUAAUUCACCUCUCACGCGUUCUUCCAGUCAGAGUUCUGGAUUUGGCUCAGUCCAAACUGGCCUUUUAAAUCGCAGCCCACCAGAUUCAAGACCAGACUCAACACUGGAAGAUAUUGACCGAUUUUCAGUUUUUUCUGAUAACCUCGAUCCUCGACAUGUUGAUUCAAGCUUACGGUUUCAAGAAAAUUCACCUUGCUUGUAUCAGUACCCUAGUAACGAAUUAUCGCGGAAGUCGCUGGUAUCAUCGAUUUCAUCCACCAAUGCUUCUGUACAUCACACUCCAGUUGCCCCUUUAACCACCCAGUGGUCUUGGUUACCUUUCAUGCUUGGAUUCAGUCUGGCUAUUAAUUUGUGUGGUUUGACGUAUUUUGGAUUUUUACACUCUUCCAAAGUUGCGAACGUAGUUACUUGAACUGCAUUCUUACAACGUAAUUGGAAAUAAAUGCUGUUCGGGUGAAAAAUUU